GCUCAAGGAGGGCCACGAGAGGGCGAGAAGGCGAGACGGUGAGAUAGCGAGAGGCACACGCAUGUUACGCUUCCCUCUUUUAGCUCCUUGGCUUUCCGGAAGCAGUUGGUGAGUUGGAAAUCUAUCUGACACCCGGCGAUCCCGAAGGAUCUCAAAAAACCCUGCUCAUCUUGCCUAGCCUGCUGAGCCCGCGUCUCAGGCAGUAGCUAGAGCGGGCAAGGGGAUGGCUAAUAGAGCAGGCAAGGGAACGAUUGAGAUUGAACGAAGUCUGCAACAACUCACAGUUGGUGGAAGCAUUGAGCUGAACGAGGAAUCCGAGCUGAGCAGACAGGGACUUAUUCAAGAGCUUAAGAACCAGCAAGCUACUAACACAGCCUUGCGGGAUAUGUGCGAAGAAGCUCUCUCACGAACGGUGUAUGAAUGUACAGGGCAGAAGAUCAAAGGUGUCAAGGCGACGAAUGAUAGUUCAGCGUUGGCGGGAUUUAUCAACACCUCUUGGGGGAGUCCAAGAUCAGUCAGGAUAGUUCGGAUGUUCCUGCUGAUAAAAGGAGUUUUGCUGCUGCUCGAGUCAUCGGAAACGUGAAUUCAUGGACUUGCGUCUUGGUAGGCCCGGUGAUGACAAUGUCCGCGGCCAGUCAUAAGGGCC